CGCUGCUGCGGGCGCGGCGCGGGGUCCGUGUUGUUCCGGCUGCUCCCGGCGGGCCUAAGCCCUUGAGUCACCGGUGGCAGGUGAAGGCGACCGCAGGCUCCUGACCUGCUUGAUCCGGCGGCGACCGGACUGGCUGAUGACUUUGGCCGCUGCCCUUUCUCUGUUCUUGCUGACCUUGGCCCAGGGUCGGAGCCAAUGGCGGCUUGGGCCACUGUCUAUCUGAGCAGGACCGCUGCACCAUGCUUGCGGGCUCUAGGCCCUGGAGCCCAGGCGGCUCUUCCGUGCGUCUCCGCAGGCUCUCAGCCCCAUCCCCCGGGCUGUGGCCCCGCUCGGGGCCGGACGCUGCACCUCACCACCGCAGCCCGCGCUGGGCACAACAAGUGGUCCAAAGUCCGACAUAUCAAGGGUCCCAAGGACACUGAAAGGAGUCGCAUCUUCUCCAAGCUUACUUUGAGCAUCCGCCUAGCGGUUAAAGAAGGAGGCCCCAACCCUGAGCUCAACAGCAACCUGGCCCACAUCUUAGAGGUGUGUCGCAACAAGCACAUGCCCAAGUCAACGAUUGAGGCAGCGCUGAAAACGGAGAAAACCAAGGACAUUUAUUUGUUGUAUGAGGGUCGAGGCCCUGGUGGCUCUUGUCUGCUCAUUGAGGCAUUAUCUAACAGUGGCCCCAAGUGCCAUUCGGACAUCAAACAUAUCCUGAACAAGAAUGGGGGAAUGAUGGCUGAAGGAGCUCGCCACUCCUUUGACAAAAAGGGGGUGAUCGUGAUUGGAGUGAAGGACAAAGAGAAGAAAGAAGUGAACCUAGAGCGUGCCCUGGAGCUGGCGAUUGAAGCAGGAGCUGAGGAUGUUAAUGAAACUGAAGACGAAGAGGAACAAAAUAUUUUUAAAUUUAUUUGUGAUGCCUCUUCACUGCAUCAAGUGAGGAAGAAGCUGGACUCCCUGGGCUUGUGUCCUGUGUCCUGUGCACAAGAAUUCAUCCCCAACACAAAGGUGCGGCUGACUGACCCGGACCUGGAACAGGCCGCCCACCUCAUCCAGGCUCUUGGCAACCAUGAGGACGUGAUCCAGGUCUAUGACAACAUUGAGUAACCAGACUGUAUGUGCCCUCCAGCUCCUUCCUAGGCAACUGGCAGCUUGUUCUGGAGCACAGGCUUCUACAGUGUCCUCUAGACUGAAGUAGGUCUGCAGCCUAGCAGGUUCAAAGGCAUAAGAUCUACAGCUUUGUGGGCACAGGAACCCCAUACUUCUCUGGGGCCUCUUUGUCAGCUCCGCUGGUGUCUCAGAGCCAUCCUGGAUGAGUCUCCCCAUUCCCUCCUGGAUGCAGAGUGGGGCUAGUCAUCUGGUCAGACUGUGAUCUCAGGAAGUUGGCCCUUCUGGGGAUGGUAGGUGCUGUGAGGGCCCAGAUACUCUUAAGUAAGAGUGAUGGAUCUGUGUUGCUGCAUUGUUGUGUAUGGCUCUUGAGUUUUCCUGGGUUUGUGUCCAGCUGUUAGGACCCUCCUGACUACCUUUCAAGUCUAUAAGCCUAGUUCCACUACUCCAAUCCCAGGACUGUUGUUUAUGUUUGUUUUGUUUUGUGGUGUGUUUUUUUUUUUUAUUGACUAUAGGAAUGUAACUCUCUCCAGACACUCUAUGUUCUAAUGCUGGUCUAAUGGCCUAAACCUGUCAUUCAUUCAUGCAACUGAUGUUUAUCAAACACCUACUAUGUACCAGGAACUAUACUUAUGAAGAGCACUAGCUGUUCAAUUGGUACCCUGUGUUAGAUCCUACUCUAAGACAUAGGACCUCAGGGGGAGCUGUCCUAGGCCAGUGCAAGCUGCUGCACAUGCAUUCUUAUUCUCUUUGUGUGCCAGGGAGCUGAAGGCUCUGGCUCAAUAGGAAAUCAAGUGCCAAUGAUAAGAGACUCCUGCUUUGCCCGGGCCCCUGUGGGCUCUGAGAUUGUUAGAGUGGACCAGUCAGCAGAUUAGGUUACUCUCAGAAAAGGCCAUACCAAGCUGGUUUAGAAAGCUGCUUGGUCCCCAGAAUGCCCAACCCUAGCUCCUCUUCAUCCCUAAUGCCAGAUGGUGAGGUACUGGGAACAGGAGAGGAAAUGAGAACAGAAGGCUGAAUCAAAAGCCUGGCCAGGUGGGAAAUAGGGCCCUUGGUGCUUUUUGCUUCUAAUAGUCACUUCUGGGUUUAGAGAGGCCAGGAGUGUCAACCACCUGUUCUGGAGCCCAUCAGCAUGUCAGGCCUGGACUGGCUUUUUGAUCCCUGCUAUUCAGCUACUUAUAAUUGUUUAAGCCAGUCUGAGCUCAGAGCAAUUUUCAUGAAGAAGUCUCAGGUAAAUGAGAAUGGAAAAGAACUAAAACGAAAUUAGUUAUAGAUGAUAACUUCAGCUUCUAGGAAAAACAGAUUACUAAUUCUUUGAUGACUUAAGCAUCUGAAGAGUGAAGGCUUGGGAAAGGAAAACCAAUGAAAUAAUCCAUGAUCAUGCCAAAGUAUAUGCUCUUAUACCUCCUUUCAUUAUCAUCAUACUACCUGGGAUUCUUUAGUUUUUAAAAGAUAACUUAUCUAAAUAUCUGAAUAGCACAUCAUUAAAAUAGGGCAACUUAAAAGUUUAAGUGCUACUUCAUAAAUUAUAAUACAUUUUAUUUAUUUGAUAUUCACAACAAACCUAGGAAAUAGUUAGGCCAAGUAUUUUAUGUUCAAAUGACCUCAUACCAAGCAGGUAAGAAGAGGUCUAAUACUACAUCUUGUAUUAAUAGACCUUAGUUUACAAAAUAGCUGUUUUGUAAAUGUUGAGUAUAAACUUGGAGGAAUGUGAUCAUUUCUGAAUUAAGGAAGAGAAUUUGCUACUUAUGUGGAAUAGUGCUUUAAUAGAUAGGAUUUGUUAAUAGGGAUUCUUUAACCUAUUUUCUUACAUCAAGGCAUACUAGAUGGCUCUGCACUGACCCCUGGUGGUGCCUUAGCCUUUCCUGCAGUUAAUAUGGAAAAGGCAGAAAUGAAACCUUACUUGAACUUGUUCUGCCUCUAGAUCUGGUGAAAAGACCCUUACCUAUAUAGGGUAGUUAAAUAACUAUUUAACUGAAUAGUUAAAGAUUGUAUGGGUUAUUCUGCCACUAGCUAUUAUUCCUCAAAGAAUAUGUCAGAGUAAAUAUUUACAAUAUAAUGUUAAAUGGAAAACAAAGAUGCAAAACUAUAUUGUAUGGCCCAAAUUUAAAAUAUGUCUCAAACCAUAAAAAUGUCUUUUUUAAAAAGACUAAAAGGAAUUGUACCAAAAUGUCAAAACUGGUUAUCUCUGGAUGGUAAUGUUAUAACUGAGUUUUAUUUUCUAUAAUCAUGUAUUACUUUCAUCAGGGGAAACAUUUAAAAAAAAGAAGAAAACUAGUCACAAUAUUGUCCAACUAGGAGGACAGCAUGUGAGGGGAUGGGAGUCAGGCAUACCUUAAAGUCAAAAGAAUGGGCUCUGGUCCUGGCCUGCCCUUGCCUUAUCUUUGGUCACUGCCUUAGCAACAUAAAAUUAUUUAGCACCUUAGAGCUGGCUUGGGUUCAUUUUCAGACGUCCUUUCAGUGGGUUGGAGGUAUCUGUGAUAGGCUCUAUCCAUUGCUUUGACUCUUAAAAGAAGCGUUCAUGUGAUAUGUAACUGCCCCCACCCUCUGCCAGAGGCCCUGGCUGAAUGGAACAGGAACAGUGAAGGCUCUGCCUCCAGCCCACUAUGACAAUUCAGCCAUGUGGUUGAGUUACUUUCUUUUCUGUCUCUGAAACAUAGCAUAGCAGUCAAUAAAACAUCAAACUCUGAGAGAUCCCAA